CUUUGUCACCAGCAAGCUCUGACAAGCAUCAGGAGAGAGGAGAGAGACCGAGGGGGAGAGAGAGAGAGAGAGAGAGAGAGAGAGAGAGAGAGAGAGUUAAACAGAGGUGCGAGAAGGGAGGUUGUGUCAGAGGAGACUGGACGGGGAAGGUGUGAGGGAGCUGCACAGGGCAUAAAAGGAGGCGACACCGAUGGAUGGAUAGAGAGGAGGGAGAGCAGAGACGACCCGACCCUCAGAACUGUGUGAGGGACUCGACUGCUGCCGCUGUCUCUGUGAAUGGUGCGCUCACAUAGAGAGAAGGGUCUGGGACGUCAUCGCGUUACCUGUGUGGCUGAGUCAGAGGGCCGACUCUGCACUAGACGUCUGUCCGCCCACUGCGAGAUUCUCUCCAUCCGUCCGUCCCUCCGUCCGCUCAACGAAGACACACCAGGAGCCCUGAACUUUGCGGCCGCUCCACACCGCUUUAUUUGUUCUGCUGGUGUAAACACCUCACGUCACUCACACCUCCCCACCGAGUGAUCCACCGCAUUCUCCGGGUCGGAGACAGGCAGCGAAAGGAAAAAGGCGAGGGAGGAUUCGCAGAGAACCAAAGCGUUCGCAAGCGGAGAGGUCGGCGCCAUGAAGCUGGCGUUCUUGGUGCUGGCGGCCGUGUGCGCGGCGGGCAACGUGAGCGGCAUGUCCACGUGUAAGACGCUGGACGUGCAGAUGGUGAGGAAGAAGCGCAUCGAGGCGAUCAGGAGCCAGAUCCUCAGCAAACUGCGCUUAGCGAAAGAGCCAGAGGCCGAGCAGUCGGGGGACGAGGAGGAGAUCCCGACGACCCUGCUGUCGCUGUACAACAGCACCAAGGAGAUGCUGAGGGAGCAGCGGAGGGUGGAGACGGACAUCGCCACGGAGCAGGAGGAGGAGGAGUACUUUGCCAAGGUGCUGCACAAGUUCAACAUGACCGCCAAAAACGACACAGGGACCACCAAGGCCUCCAAAACUAUCCCGAUGUUCUUCAACAUCUCGGAGAUACGAGAAAGUGUGGGAGACUACCGCCUGCUGACCAGCGCUGAGCUGCGGAUGCUCAUCAGAAAACCCGUGAUAGCUUUUUCGCAGCGGGUGGAGCUGUACCAGGGUCUCGGGUCGCCCAGCUACCUCGCCUCCCGCUUCGUCACCAACCAGUCGAAAGACAAAUGGCUGUCCUUCGACGUCACUGAGACUCUGCAGAGCUGGCUCAAAGACAACAAGGAUGAAGAGGAGUUCCAACUUCGACUGUUCUGUGAAUGUGGCCAGACAGACGUCGACAGUACCUUCAGCUUUAGCAUUUCUGGCAUCGAGUCUGGUAGGGGAGACACAGGAGUUAUGCAAAUGAGGACAAAGCAACCACCCUACAUCCUGACCAUGUCCAUCCCUCAGAACAGCAGCAGCCACCUUACCUCGCGCAAAAAACGCUCCACCGAUCCAAAGGACACCUGCACAGCCCAGACAGAGACCUGCUGCGUGAGAAACCUUUACAUCGACUUCAGGAAAGAUCUGGGCUGGAAGUGGAUACAUAAGCCAACUGGCUACAACGCUAAUUACUGCAUGGGAUCCUGCACCUACAUCUGGAAUGCUGAAAACAAAUAUUCCCAGAUUUUGGCCCUGUACAAGCAUCACAACCCAGGAGCCUCUGCCCAGCCUUGCUGUGUUCCACAGACACUGGAGCCACUGCCCAUCCUCUACUACGUGGGCAGGCAACACAAGGUGGAGCAGCUGUCCAACAUGAUUGUGAAGUCCUGCAAGUGCAGCUAAAAAUACGGCACGGCCAACACUCAAACACACUAUGAGAUGUGUUCUAGAGCGUCACGGAGUGAGCAUGUGACGGAGGGGACGAGAAACAUGUGGAACAAUUUGAAGUCAUCGGGAUCUUUCCGUUCACCACCAAUCCUUUUGCUAAAACUCUACCUUCAUCACACCCUGGACUUCUUCAUGUAGAAAUUAAAGAUUUCAUUUCAUUUCUGUGCGUAUAUACCUUUCCCCUUGCUGUAGUAAAAAAAAAUGCCUGUCCUUAAAUGAGACAGAUGUGUAAAGAAUGUUUGCCAGUUCGACAUUAAAAAAGAAAUAUAUACGCCCCCCCGCCCCCAACCAGCAAAAAAAGAAUAAAGAAUGCCAAAGGACACGAGGACCAAGAUAACCUCCAUGGAAGAAUAUUUUCUUUUUCACAGCUGAUUAUCUGGGACUUUUGUUAUUUCCGUAUCAUCAACCCAAUGAGGUCACAGAUAAAAGGUGCUGAAAGCCCCAGGUAUGGAAGACAGUGGUGGUUGUUGGGGAUUUUCCUCGGCCAUAAAGGCACAGGUGUUUCCUGGAGAUUGUUUGCGUCGCACGGGACAGCAGACCGCCGCGGGGACAGUACGACCCGGGGAAACUCCCUCUGACUGGCGGGAGCUAUCAGCCAACCGAGCAGCGCUUCACUCAAACCGUCCGUCUUUUUGUAUUUGGAGCCCACUUGACUUAUUCGAUGCUUUUGUUUUGUUCUCGUCGCUGUUAUACCAGAUUGUCCUUAUGAAGCCGCCCCGUGCUGUCAAAGAACAUGAGUAAUAUCAGGGGAUGUGAGAGUGAUGACGCCGUGUUUUUCCCCGCUCUCAGGAGUCACAGCAGGCUAGUUGUGUCUAGAAGGUGGUGGUCGGGGGAUGCGGCUGUGGUGUCGGUUUUAGGGAAGCUGUUGACACUCAACACACACUUUUGCUGUUUGUUUUUAAUAGUAAUGUAGGGGCAAUUUGUUUUAACUCUCAUCUGAAAGUGUGAUGCUUUUGUACAACUCCAGAAACAACCCAAAACUUUGUAGUGCACUUCCCAUUUGAAAUUUGCAUUUGUAAAUAUUUUAACAAUUUGAAAUAAACGUUAAUGUUAAAUUAUCA